GGUAAACAACAGGUACAGUAUGCUUCAGGGAGACUGCGUCACUUUAUUUUCAGUUUAAACAUUUCACUUUAUUCCUGCUUCCAGCGUGUGGAGCAGGAAGUCUACCUGUGAUGGCUGGUCUUACCUGGCGCCUCGGAGCUCUGCUCUGCUCUGCUGGAUUCACCAUGAUUGUUUCUGCUGAUCAGAUUAAGAUACCAGCAGAAACUGGACAGCCUGUUACUCUGCCAUGUAAACUUGCCAGCAGCAGCCAGGUUAUAGUUGUACAGUGGAGCAGAACCGAUCUGGGAUCAGAUUAUGUUCUUCUGUACCGAGACGGGCGGAUCGAUCCCUUUAAUCAGCAUCAAUCCUUCAAGAACCGAGUGGACCUGCAGAACAGAAACAUGAAGGAUGGAGACGUGUCUUUGGUUCUGAAGGAUGUCAGGACUGAGGAUGGAGGAACGUAUGAGUGUAGAGUUGUUCAGACUGGAACAGGCCGCAAAAAGAUUCUGAUCAGCACCAUCAGUCUGGAGGUAGCUGCUCCCCCUCCUGGUCACCAUGAGAAACUUAUAGGAGACCGACCAGACCAGGAGGAGGAUGACAAACACAGUGAGACUGCAGAAAAGGACGGAGGAACCCAGGAGACCCCAGCUCCUACACCACCAGCUGGAAUCAAAGCUGAAGUGAAGAAAGAUGGAGAAAAUGAUGAUCUGGAGGAACAGAAAGCCCCAUAUGCUGAACCAUUAAAGGGUUAGUCUUUGGUUUUCUUUUGUCAUCUGAUGUUUUUGUUUAUUUUUACAACCCAAAAAUCGUUCCG